AUGCCAAUCGACGGCAAAGUCUCGUCCGAGGAGACAAGCUCGAAUAGCUUGUGUCUUCAAGAAGAGCUCCAAGAAGAAUGCAUAACGAGCAUUGAGUACAAAGCUAGUUCUAAAUCUAGCAGUGUUACCACCAGCGUUGACACUCAAUCAUCCUUCGAAAGCUUGGAUACCCUGGAAGUGAUUCCCAAGGGUAUCCUACUGAAGGCAAGAACGAGCUGCAUUCCACCACCAGCAAGCGCCAUUGAGACUCGCUUCUUUUACGGUUGGGCACAACAGCCCAUUCCCGAUUCCCUACCCUCAUCUACUUCGAGAAGACAAAGGAGACGAGGUACUACCGAGUCAACUUCCAACAGGUAUGAUCGAGUCAAGACGACUCGCUUCCCUCUUAGAGAAGAAGAAGAAGAGGACCGCGAACGAAAAUACUGGGCAGUGAAACAAAAACAGCGAAUUCGAAAACGGCAUCCAAAGAAGACUGUCCUUGACGAACAGUGGGUGAUAACCUGCCGGUUCUUGUGGUGA